AACAACAACAACAACAACAGAAAAAACCUCAAAAGCUCACCCCUGGAACGAUCAAGCUUUGAUGCUGCACUUGCCCUGAGCAGUUUAAUCCUGAUAGACCGGAUUAAGUGAAGGAAAAAACCUUCACUCUCGUCUGCGACAAAGGUCAGACUUGAGAAUCCAAGCUCUAAAGUGUCUCUAUCAUCUCACUAAAAACUAAAGCAAUGUCUUUCUCAUUCUGUACGUCAUCUCUCUUUUGCCCCCAGAAGGUUUUCUUGUCUCCUUGUUUUUGGAAGAAAAGGGCAUAUGGCGUUUCUAAAAAUCCACACAUUGUUGAGGGCUUUGUGGUCAGGGCAGGCCCCAAAAGGAUAUCUUUUGAUAAAGAGUGCAGAGACGCUUUACAAUCAGGGAUUGACAAGCUUGCUGAUGCUGUGUCCCUUACUGUAGGACCCAGAGGACGGAAUGUGAUUCUUUCUGAAUCUGGAAAUCUCAAAGUAAUUAAUGAUGGUGUUACUAUUGCUCGGUCCAUAGAGCUUUCUGAUGCAAUAGAGAAUGCAGGUGCCAUGCUAAUUCAAGAGGUUGCAAGUAAAAUGAAUGAUUUGGCUGGAGAUGGUACUAGCACUGCAAUUAUUUUGGCACGAGCUAUGACUAAAUCUGGACUAUUAGCCGUUGCAUUUGGUGCUAACCCCAUUUCGCUGAAAAAGGGGAUGGAAAAGACUGUAAAAGGUUUGAUUAAGUUCUUGAAAGAGAGAAGCGUUCCUGUGGCAGGAAAGGAUCAUGUUAAAGGCGUGGCUUCAAUUUCUGCGGGAAAUGAUGAAUAUAUCGGUAACUUGAUUGCCGAAGCUAUAGAGAAGAUUGGUUCUGAUGGAGUGAUCUCUAUUGAGUCAUCCCCGUCAUCUGAAACGUUCGUAAUCAUUGAAGAAGGAAUGAAGAUUGACAAGGGUUACAUGUCUCCUCACUUCAUUACAAACCAGGAGAAGGGUAUUGUGGAGUUUGACCGUGCAAAAGUCUUGGUAACUGAUCAAAAGAUUUCUACUGUCAAAGAAAUCAUUCCGUUGCUGGAAAAGGCUAUGCAACUGAGUGCCCCACUUCUAAUUAUUGCUGAGGAUAUCACAAAACAAGUAUUGGAAACAAUGGUGGUGAACAAAUUGCAGGGAUUAAUAAGAGUUGCGGUGGUCAAAUGUCCAGGAUUUGGAGAUGGGAAGAAAGCUUUGUUACAAGAUAUUGCACUGAUGACAGGUGCUGAUUUUCUUUCUGGAGAAUUGGGUCUGUCACUUGAAGGUGCAACAUCAGAUCAGCUGGGCAUUGCACAGAAAGUGACAAUAACCAGUAAUGCAACGACUAUUAUUGCUGAUCCUAUCAUGAAAGCAGAAAUUCAGGCUAGAAUUUUACAGAUUAAGAAGGAUCUGAAUGAAACAGAUAAUGCAUACCUGUCAAGAAAGCUCGCAGAGAGAGCUGCAAAACUGUCUGGAGGUGUAGCUAUUAUUAAGGUUGGUGCACACACUGAGCUGGAACUUGAAGAUCGAAAACUUAGAAUUGAGGAUGCAAAGAAUGCAACAUUUGCUGCCAUAGACGAGGGGAUUGUUCCUGGUGGUGGUGCCACCUAUGUUCACUUGUCAGAAUUGAUACCUACAAUUAAAAACUCUAUGGAAGAUCUAGAUGAGCGAAUUGGUGCUGAUAUUGUAGCUAAGUCACUUCUUGAACCUGCGAAAUCGAUUGCUACUAAUGCUGGAGCUGAUGGAGACAUUGUUGUCCAGAAGACAAGAAGUUGUCAUUGGCGAACAGGUUAUAAUGCAAUGACAGGUGAAUACGAAGAUCUUUUAAAUGCCGGAGUAGCAGAUCCUUGUCGAGUCACAAGGUGCGCUCUUCAAAUUGCAGUUUCAGUUGCUGGUGUGGUCCUAACAACUCAGGCUGUAAUGGUGGACAAAACAAAGACACCAAAGCCUCCUGUGCCCCUAGUUCCUGGUAUAACCCCUUAAAGAAGAACAAAACAAAGCGAAGUCUUCCUUGUAUAUGUAUGGCCCUUGCCUGAUUCAAAGUCCUAGCCUUGAGAAUGACCCUUGGCUUGGUUCACACUUCAUCCUCAUGGAGCAAUGAGGUUAAUUUUUGCAAGAAUGGGGAGCCAGAGGUUGCUGAUUCUUCCACAAGUGCUUCGGUUGUGACUUCACUUGAUGAAAGGAACAGCCUAAGUAUUUGCUAUCGGAUUCUUCAAUGGAAUCAUGAAACUUGACACAAACUUCAUUUGGAGAGAUGGUCGUAAGGUGAUCUGUUAAAAGAUACACAGGUUUUAUAAAAAUUUAAUUGGGAAAUUGAGUAGCAGCUACUUAAAGAAAUUUAUUUAAAUUGUUAUGAAACCCAUGCAUGGUGAAAUGGCAUGAAGAACUUGACACCUGUUAACAGCACUAAUGCAAUUUGUUGCAGCUCUUUUUCCUCAAGAGGUUUUUUUUCUUUUCGGUUUUAUAUAUCCAUUAUUAUUGAUUCA